AUGUCUGGACGCAAUGCUCCGCGAUCCCGGACCGGGUGCGCCACGUGUCGGACCCGGAAGAUUAAGUGUGAUGAGAUGCAUCCUUCGUGUGUCCGAUGUGUAAAUGCCCAGAUGCAAUGUGAAUGGAUUCACAAGACUCCGAGGAAGGCGUCCAGGUCGAAACCACCCUUGAAAGCAUCGGGCGGCCCAGGUCUACAACGAACCUAUUACCCCCUCCGACCGCGGAACAUAGACGCGGGUGUGCAUCUUACUUAUCUAUCUCUGCCCAACUCACAUUUCCUAGCAUCUAGCGAACGGGAAUACUUCGCGUUCUUUCCCCAUACGUCCAUGGUGCGAUGGCUUGGGAAGCCAUGGCAGUGGGCCUCCCUCCAUUAUGUGUAUAGUCAUAUCGCUCCGCGUUCGUCGGUCGUAACAAGGAUGAUUUUGGCAAUCUCCGCCACAGAGCUGGAAGGGAUUCGCCACUUGCAGCGACUUAGAAGUGACCAGAAGGCAUCACACGACCAAUGGCCGGGUGAAGCUGGGACAUCACACUAUCAAAGUGCUCUACGCGAGUUUCAGCUCAUGCUUAGCAAGAACCAUGGGUCCUUAUCGCCUCAGGAAGUGGAUGAAAUUUCGACGGCAUUUUUCCUUAUGGUGACCUAUGAGUAUCUGUUUGGCCAAGAUAGCGCGGCCAUGGAGGUGCAUAUUCAGGGCAUCUACACGUUCCUCAAAGCCCAUGAUUUAGUUCCGAGACUCGGCGAGUCUGGCCAAUGUGUUAGACUACCGAUACUGACGCAACAGUUAUUGCUUUUCGUAAUGUAUGCGAACCUCACAAUAUGCAAGUACGGCCAUCUCCGCCAAUUGUGGGAGGAGGCUGGGCAUGAGUCCUCCUUUGUCUCUACUAUGGACGAGCUCUUUUAUAACAGCCGCACGUCACAACAUGCAAUCUGGCCCGUCGAAUACCCGACCGAAGCAUCGCUGGAUGACAUUUCGGUCUUUCGUCCGCUGGAGCUGACCAACGAAUGCAAAAAGCUGAAAUAUAGACUCUUGCUCAUGCCUCAAAGCACACGAGGAAAAUUUGAAUGGGAUACCAUGGAUUGUCUAGAACAAGACCUAUGUGGCAUUGGAAAGCGAUACCAAGAUUUGAUAAUCAUGAGCCAGCAGCCACGUUCCGACUUGCGGAACCGGCAACUACAAACGAUCUACUUUGCAGUUGCCGAGUAUCACGCGACCACUGUAUUUUUCUGCUACCGGUGGAGCUUGCUUAAUUGUAUGAGCACUCCGUCCGUGUCCUCUCGCGAUGCAGUAAAUGGUGCAUUAGAAAUCAUUAAGAAGCUUUCCACCGAGAGUCCUUCGUGUUUAGGAAGAGUUUACUGGCCGAUGAUUGUUCUGGCCGGAUGUAUGGAGGACUCACAAGACCGCCAGUGGAUCCGGAAGACGCUUGUAGAAUCACAGCAUACGAUAGUCUUUCCGUCCAUGAGGGGGUGGCUUAAUGAUAUGAGUGGCCUCAACCUCUAG